AUGGUCCAAAUGAAAUGGCGAAUCUUUGUAGUGAUCGGUGGAUCUCAUCUGAUCAUGUACAUUGGUUGCUUGACGAUCUAAAUAUUUCACAGAAAAAACUCUUUGUGUUCACAUCAAUCACGCGUUGGAUGUAGAGGCGUUCGUGGCUCGCUCUCUUCCAGAUGGCCGGUCAAAGCCAACGAGUUUGUUCUUUGCCCUUAAUGUGGGUAAGGAUUCAAGUGGGAAUAUAUUCAUUGCAAGCGGAUCCCGGAGUGGUUAUCACUGGACAAUGUGCCAUGUUGAUCGGGAAAAAAAGAAAAUAGUCUAUGGCGACUCACUGGCUUGGAGCGUACCAGUCGACCUCUUGCCUAGAUUAGAGCAAUUCAUCGAGCAAAUUUAUGGAGAAUGUUUAUCCUACUACUCUGUUUUCGAGUGUCACACUUCAAGUAACGUUUCCACUGAACGGGAUCACAAAUGUGGAUUCAGCUGUGCAUCUCAAUACCCCCUUCAGACAUUUUCUGAUAUCUGCGGCGUUGUGGUGUUGAUUAUGGCUGUGUACGCCUGUACAGCCCGAUCAUUUUUUUCUCACAUUACUACUUCAGGUCAAUCGCAGGCGGUGUCACCUUCAAAUGUCUUCAUAACGCGUUAUGCAAAGUACUUGCGUAGAGUGAUCAUGGGAUGGAUCGGUGAGAAAUCAAUUAACCCUGAGCAUGUGGUUCCAUCUUCUUUUCUUCGCCCCGAACUUAGUCACGAGAGCCAGUCAGACUCCGAUUCGGACUUGGACACUCCUAGAGUACCAUCAUCAAAAGGAGACAUAGAUGAGAGAGACAACACCUAGAGUACCAUUAUCAAAAGGAGACAUAGAUGAGAGAGACAACACCGCAGAGAACAAUGAGAAGGGACUUUGUAUUCAAAGAAAAGCGGAAAGGGCAGGCAGAACUGAGAGCACUCAAAGCAGCAGUGAAGCAGAGGAUAAAAUCCUGGACAACAAACAGUUACAAAAGAUCAAUGAUAACCAUUACAAAAAAGUCAACAAAAGUAAAACAGAAAUGACAAGGCCAGUCAAGAGAAAUACCGUAAUAUUCCUGUUAAGAGAGUGGCUGGAGAGAAAGAUGGAAAAAACAAGGGCGAUCGUGACAGAGCAACUGACGACGAUGGAGUCACUUGUGAUGAGAAGAGAAACUGUGAUGACAGCCCAAAGCAUAGGCCAGGUAGUGGAGAGCAGCAUAGAGGUGAACGAGGAACCGGGAAGUCUCAUUAAUGUCCUGAGUGUGAAUAUUCUUGUGUUAAACUAUCAAACAUGA